UCUAAUUUCUAAAUCUUUCACAAAUAAGGCAUCAUCUCUUUACAGUACGCACAACUCGAAUCAUUGUAUAACUUGCUCACUAGGGCAUAAAAUGUAUUAUUGGGCUGUGGUGUUCUCUUAACAUAUAACUGCAUACUUUACAUUGUCUUUGUCAUAAUGAUCACUAUUUGUAUUUACACCUGUUAUUGUUCAAAUGAGCAAAGAUAUAAUGCAAGUGAAGGAGGGGCCACCCCGUUGACGUUGUACCUAUAACCACUCCUUAUAACGUCAAUUUGCAGUUUUGAUAAAUCACCUUCCAAAGACACAGUUUGUUAUCUUUACGAAAAAUCACUGAGUGUGUUACUGUGCACAGAUUUUCACUUGAGACUGGAUGGUUAUGACUUUGAAGAAUAAACUAAGGUUUGCCUUUUCUAAAAAUCAUGGCACCAGAAAAACUACACUCCUCACCAUAUUAUGUAUAUGGUGGGUGCUUACCUGGACUGGUGCCCAAGCGACAACAGAACACCAGAAUCCUGAGACAUCUAAAAUGGAAAAAAUGAGGAUGAAUGAUGAUUUCAGGCAAAACACAAAUGCAACGAAUGAAACCAAUAAAGAAACUUCCCAACAAUCUGCAGCUAUACACAUUGAAAAUGCCACAGGACCUAGAGCUACCUCUCAUACUAAUAUUGAUACAAAACCAAUUAGAGCAUUAUCCAGCACUGGUACAGCAGUACCCCCCAGGAGAGUCUCGAUCAAAAAUUCAACAGAAACAACAAGCUAUACUACAACAAUGGCUCCUAGACCUAUUGGAAAUUUACCAAUGAUGACCACUCACUCAACACCUGAUUCAAAUACGGCUACCGUAAAGCUGGUGUUCGACUGCUCAUUUCCUGUUCCCAGUGAGAGUAUGGUCUUGAAUGCUAUCCAAACUCUGCUGAUCUCUCGAUCUGCAAACAUCUCAGAUACAGUGAAAGUACUGGGAUUCUACUAUAAUAAAACUUCAGCCAACUCCUAUGAAGUUAUUUUCAUAAUCAACAUCAGUAUCAUCAUGCCAGAGAACCAUGCCCUCAGGAAAAACACCUACAAGCAAAUCCAAACAUCCAUCAACAACACACUAAACAUAUUAUUAAAUGAACCUGGCGCAGAACCAUUUGAACCCCAUACCUCCUUCAUCAUGGAUGUGGACAUUGAAAUAGAGUACAAUUUUGGAUGUGGGGAUUGCAAACGACCAAUCAGCUUCUUAAAUGAACUCAUUGCUUUAGCAACAACUCCAAGAACGACAACAGUUCCUCCAACAACUUCAAGACAUGAGAACAUAACGGGAACUGUAUACAUUUAUAUUAAGGUUAUAUUUGAGAACUUGACACAUGUACCUACCGAGGAUGAUGUUAUCAGUGCUGCUAAUGAUCUCCUGGAAUCAAACAAAUCAGUGAGAGAUCUUGGAAUAGAAGAACUGACUGACCCUGUCAGCAUAAAGAACAUCGCCUAUCAGAAAACGGGAAGCAACUCAUAUAGCAUAGACUUUGCAUUCAAAAUCAGCAAUGUGAGCAUGUCUGUGAUGACGGACCAGAGGAGCGCAACAUAUGAGUUAAUACAGUACAAAAUCAACAGCCUGAUGAACACAAUCUUGAAUGCCCCAACUGAGGCAUCAAUUAACUUCUCACAAGCAAAUUACACGGGUAAUGCUACAUUAAUAGAGGCAACUGAAAUAUACAUCUAUAGGGAAUGUGAUAUCAAGUCGACAAGUGGGUUUCUUCUUCAACUCCUAACACUUCAUACACCUCCUGCCAUUGGAUCAGCUGAGGUUCAAACCACCCUGGUGUUCAGCUCGUCCUCUCCUGUUCCCAGUGAGAGUUUGGUCCUCGGUGCUAUCGCAGCUCUGCUUAACUCUCGACUCACAAACCUCACUGACUCUGUAACAGUGCUGAACUUCACCUAUGAGAAAAUAUCAGACACAUCCUAUGCAAUCAUUUUCAUAUUCAAGAUCAGUAACGUCAGCAUUCCAGAGAACCCUAACCUCAGGAACGAAACCCACAGCCAUGUAAAGAGCAUCAUCAAUGACGCUCUAAACAUGCUACUAAAUAGGCCUUGUGCAGUGCGAUUUGAAACCAACAAUUUCAACUUCACAAGAUCAGAAGAUAAGAUUGAUGGAUACAUGAACUACACUUUCCAACAAUCAGAAACCAAAAAACCAGCCAGCUUCCUCGAUGAACUCAAGAUUAUACCUGGUUUGGUUGUGGUCAAUGCCACCCUGGUGUUCAACUCAUCCUCUCCUAUUACCUGUGAGAGUUUUUACCACAGUGCUCUCGAAGCUCUGCUGAACUCUAGACACACAAACCUUACUGAGUUUGUAAGAGUGCUGACCUGUGAGGAAAUUUCAAAGACCUCCUACACAGUUAGCAUUAAAUUCAUCAGUAACAUCAGCAUGCCGAGCAACCCUGACCUCAGGAACGACACCUACACCCAAGUGGAGAACAUCAUCAAUAACGCUGUAAACACACUUCUAAACAAUCCUGGUUCAGAUCCAUUCAAUCCCACUACCUCCAACUUCACGGGUUCAGAGAAUGAAGUUACUGGUUACAUGGAAUAUAUUCUCCAAGUCUCCCUCAAUCAGACUGGGAAUGGUAGGUUUCACCACAAUUUGAUAAUCUUGCUCAAUAAAAGUGUGUGUAAUUUCUCUUUCUAAUGAUUCUGAAAUUGUUUAUCUUCCUGUAAAUUACUCCGUCACUAAAAAUUAUUCUGUUGUUGAAUCAUCUACAACGAUUACUCCAACUACAGCUACAGUGCAGCCUU